AUGGAUGAUACUUCAGUAAAAAUUAACGAUGAUGCUAACAAAAUCGAAAUCGAAGUUGAUAAAAUCGAUGUUGAUAAAAAUUAUGAUGUUAAAAUAUUUACCUUCGAUAAUGAACUACAUAAUGGUAAACCUAUUACUAUGAUAGAAAUAUCACCAAAAGAAACCUACCUUAUUACUUAUAGUGAAAAAGAUAGUUCAAUUGUCGGUUGGAAUGUUGAAGAUAUAGAUAAGGUUCGACUUAAAUUUCAUCAAACUGUUAAAAUUAAUGAAGAUAAGAAAUAUGAAAUCGAAAGUUUAAGUGUUUCUGAUGAUAAGAAACUUGCUUAUAUUGAUACAAAUGACGGUAUAUUCGGUAUAAUCGAUAUGAAUAAUAAAGAUAAAAAAAUUGCAUUAGAUUUAAAUACAAAAAAUGAUUAUCAUACAAUUUAUUAUUAUAAUUGUACCUUUAAUUUAAAAGGUGAAUUUAUUUUAUGUGGUGUAGUUGGAAAUAAUAGUACUUCUGAAGAACAUGAUAUUAUUUGGAUUUAUUCCACACAAACUAAAAAUAACAAAUGGGAAUGUAAGAGAUUUUACAGGUUACCUUAUUAUUAUGAAAUAAUUAGUAUAUCAAAAUAUGAUAAAGUUUACCUGUUUUCAUAUGAAAAUGAUUACAUUUAUGAAUGGAAUAUUAAUACUGAAAAAAGUGUAAAAAUAUUUGUUAAUAGUAAGAAGGUAAUAAAUAUUAUAAAAUUAUUUUCAAACCAAUUGAUGUUAAAUUAUAAUUAA